AUGGCUGAAGGUGUUUUCCAAGGUGCUAUUGGUAUCGAUUUAGGUACUACUUACUCAUGUGUCGCUACGUAUGACUCAGCAGUUGAGAUUAUUGCCAAUGAGCAAGGUAACAGAGUUACUCCAUCAUUCGUUGCAUUCACAGAUGAAGAAAGAUUAAUAGGUGAUGCUGCUAAAAACCAAGCUGCAUUAAACCCAAAGAAUACCGUUUUCGAUGCUAAGCGUUUGAUCGGACGUGCUUUCGAUGAUGAAUCUGUGCAAAAGGAUAUCAAAUCCUGGCCAUUCAAAGUUGUUAACUCCAACGGUAACCCCCAAAUUGAGGUGCAAUAUUUAGGUGAGACAAAGUCAUUUUCUCCUCAAGAAAUUUCUGCAAUGGUCUUAACCAAGAUGAAGGAAAUUGCUGAAGCUAAGAUCGGUAAGAAGGUUGAGAAAGCCGUCGUGACUGUUCCAGCUUAUUUCAAUGAUGCUCAAAGACAAUCUACCAAAGACGCCGGUGCUAUUGCUGGUUUGAAUGUCUUGCGUAUCAUCAACGAACCAACUGCCGCAGCCAUUGCAUACGGUUUAGGUGCUGGUAAAUCUGAAAAGGAAAGAUUUGUCUUGAUUUUCGAUUUGGGUGGUGGUACUUUCGAUGUCUCAUUAUUGAACAUUACUGGAGGUGUCUUCACUGUUAAGGCAACUGCUGGUGAUACUCACUUGGGUGGUCAAGAUUUUGAUACCAAUUUGUUGGAUCACUUCAAAAAUGAAUUCAAGAAGAAAACUGGUUUAGAUAUCUCUAACGAUUCUAGAGCUUUGAGAAGAUUAAGAACUGCUUGUGAGCGUGCCAAGAGAACAUUAUCAUCUGUUACUCAAACUACUGUUGAGGUUGACUCUUUGUUCGAGGGUGAGGACUUCUCUGCCAACAUUACCAGAGCUAGAUUCGAAGAUAUUAACUCUGCUUUAUUUAAGUCUACUUUAGAUCCGGUUGAACAAGUUUUGAAGGAUGCUAAGGUUUCUAAGUCUAAUGUUGACGAAGUUGUUUUGGUCGGUGGUUCUACCAGAAUUCCAAAGAUUCAAAAAUUAUUAUCUGAUUUCUUUGAUGGUAAACAAUUAGAAAAGUCAAUCAACCCAGAUGAAGCUGUCGCUUAUGGUGCUGCUGUCCAAGGUGCCAUCUUGACUGGUCAAUCUACAUCUGAAGACACCAAAGAUUUAUUGUUAUUAGAUGUCAUUCCAUUGUCAUUAGGUGUUGCUAUGCAAGGUAAUGUCUUUGCUCCUGUUGUUCCAAGAAACACUACUGUUCCAACUAUCAAGAGAAGGACUUUCACUACCGUCGCAGACCAUCAAACUACGGUUCAAUUCCCAGUUUACCAAGGUGAACGUGUCAACUGUACUGAAAACACCUUGUUGGGUGAGUUUGACUUGAAGAAUAUCCCACCAAUGCAAGCUGGUGAGCCAGUAUUGGAAGCAAUCUUCGAAGUUGAUGCCAAUGGUAUCUUGAAGGUUACUGCCGUUGAAAAAUCAACCGGCCGUUCUGCUAACAUUACUAUUUCUAACUCCAUUGGUAGAUUAUCUUCUGACGAAAUCGAGCAGAUGAUCUCAGAUGCUGAGAAAUUCAAGUCUUCAGAUGAUGCAUUUGCCAAGAGACACGAACAAAAGCAAAAAUUAGAGGCUUACGUUGCUUCUGUUGAAUCUACUGUUACCGAUCCAGUUUUGUCUGCUAAGUUGAAGAAAUCAGCUAAGGACAAGAUCGAAUCUGCUUUGUCUGAUGCUAUGCAAGCUUUGGAAAUCGAAGACUCCUCUGCUGAUGACUACAGAAAGGCUGAGUUGGCUUUGAAGCGCGCUGUUACCAGAGGUAUGGCUACUCGUUAA